UUGCACCACUCCACCACACUCAACACCUGCCACUGCGAGAGCGAGGAGUAGACCAGCGACGACGGCCAUGGCGAUGAGGAAGGAGGUCCUCCUGGCGGCCAUGAUGCUGGCGCUGGUGGUGGCGGCGCCGGGCGGGGCGCGUGCCGCGUGCGAGGUGGGGCAGCUGACGGUGUGCAUGCCGGCGAUCACCACCGGCGCCAAGCCGAGCGGCGCGUGCUGCGCCAACCUGCGCGCGCAGCAGGCGUGCUUCUGCCAGUACGCCAAGGACCCCUCCCUCGGCGCCUACAUCAGGAGCCCCCACGCGAGCGAGACCCUCGUCUCCUGCGGCCUCGCCGUCCCGCACUGCUAGACCGAGUAUGGCUCAGCUAUAGGUAGGCUACCUCCGUCGUCCAUGAGAGAUGAUGAGAGAAUACAUAUAGCUUAGCCUAGCUGAGACCUGAGAGAGUGCAUGCGUCCAUGCACGCACGCAUGUUCCCUGUUAUGUGUGGCUCCGUCGAUGAGAUGCUGGAAUAAAAUGUUGGGUGAUGAAUAAAAAAUGAUCUACGGCGGCCAGGCUGCUUGCUAUUCCUGGCUGCUGCUGCUGCUGCUGGUAGUAAAUUUGUGUCACAACUUUGAUGA